UUUGUGAACUUCGUGCGCGCGAGACGCGUCCGCGCUGUUUUUUUAUCAUAUUUCGUAAUAAACUGUCAAACCACUUAAACAGUGCGGAUGUUUACAUAAUAUAAAUUGAUCUAACGGCUUUUAUGACAAACGAUAUGUGCGAGUGUUUGAAAAAUCGUGUAAUAACAAUUGUUUUGUGCAAGUUGUAAUUACAAAAUGGAGGACGUUUAUACGAUAAAAGUGAAAACAAAGCCAGAUACAAGGAACUUAUAUCCGUCGGAGAGGCGAUACUCAGCGUCCACAGUGUCCGGCCUGGCUUGGGUGCAUAUCGCUUUAGCCGGUACCUCGUUUUUACUUGCCUGCUUGGCGCUGGUCAAUCCAAAUGUUCAAGAAGAAAACUCGCUUUACGGAAAUGUAUCGGAAACAUAUAAUUCAACAGAUAUAUCGCGCGAAACGCACGAUUCUUCAUACAUACUGGUUUUAGCACCAAGUGUGUUAACUAUUUCUGCGCUAGCGGCCGGCUUGGCUGCAAUAUUAGCGUCCGUACGAUGGUACAUGGACAGGAAUAUAACUUGGUUAUUCGUAAUGUCUGUACUUUCCACGAUCGUAUCUUUAAUCUCGUUUAUUAUGAUUGCUGUAUGGUUACUGUCUUCAGACGAUAGUUUAAAGGAAUUUAAGGAUAAAAUAUUGUUAAGAGACGUGUUUAUAAUAGAACAUACACAAGUUCUAGACAGAAACGAAUCUCACUUCGUGAUCGCGAGGAACGCGACGGAAUUCAAAGAAAACAAUCCGAACAUGUUUACGAAACGUGUGUUGUCGAUUAAUAUAUUGAUUGCUGCGUUUCUAGAGCUCCUCUGGUCGAUCUUGAGCGUAAAAAUAUCGUAUAAAGGCAUGAGAAAUAAUUAUAAAGACGGCGAUGAAAGACGCGGGAAUUGUGUUCGGGUUGUAACCACCAUCAAAGGAGAUAUGAAAAGGUUACCGAGAAAUGGUAAGCUAGUACCGUUAAAAUCCAAUUUGAUAGACCAUUAUCCGAGUAGAAAAAUAAAGAGGAUCUUUUUGGCGCAAGGCGAUAAUGGCUUCUAUUUGAAAAACCAAAAUAACAAAGCGAAAAAUACGGAGACCAGUUCGGAAUUUUAUAAAGAGCGGAUGAUGAAUUUUUUGAAUCGGUGCGCGUCGCUGGAUGGUGUCUCUAAUCCUGAACAAACUCCCAGUAUACAGUCUGAGGUCGUAUUAAAUCCUAUACCUGAAACAGGCUCUGAAAAUGUAGCAAAUCAAUCGAAAGACAACAGAGUUACCCCCGUCAGUUGGGGCGACUCUUCAGAUCACACGGUUUAUAACCAAAACACGUUAAAUUUCGAGAAGAUAUUUAGUUUUCGUAAAAAAGAGGUCAAUGCAACUACACAUGCAAAUGAUUAGAUAUACUGUUUAUUUUUAAGUUUCUUGUGAUAUUAUAAUAAUUUACUUAUAAUGUGAGAUGAAAUAUGGACUUAAUCAAAAUUAUGAAGUAUUUUUAAUAUAAUGUAUCUAGGUAUGUGUAGAUAUUAAGAUAAUGUACUAAAAAGAAUCUGUAACUUUAAUUUAAACUAUCAGUAUAUAAUUAAAUAUACCAUAAUAUACUGUAUACUUAAUGCAGCCUUACUAGGUGUAUCCUGAGAAUUCACCCGGGGGCUCCCUGGGAAAAAAAACCUCCCCUAUUUCAGAAAAAUGUAACUUAUCCUUGCCUUUGGAUCCACAAUUGUUUUCCAAUUUCCAUCCAAAUCGAUGCAGUAGUUGAACCAUGAAAGCAUAACAAACAUACACACAGACUUUCAUAUUUAUGAUAUCAUGUAUGAAUAUUCGAUUUUCACUCAAUUUCUUUGAAUGAACAUAAGUGGAAAAAACGUUUCCUGAUACUUUGCUUCACUGUCACCAUUUCACAUUGUAAUAAGGAAAUAAUGCGAAAUAGAAACAUGAAAUGAAGCUAAAAAGCAAUAUGAUUAGUAAUAUUUUAAAUGCGUAUAUAAUAAUAUAAUAAUAAAUUCUUUAUUUCGGAGUAACAAGGACCCAAUAUCAGAUUUUAUAACAAUUUGACAAAAAGAAAUUCACAAAAACAUAAUUACAAAAGUUAAUAUUAAAAUAAAAUAAAAAGUAAAUUUAAAUUUAAAUAAUACAUGUC